GGGAGUACCGGGGGGGGUCACCAGGGGGGUUUGUUCGGGGGGUUCCCGGGGAUUUAUUCGAGGCUCUUCGCACGAGCUCCCUGAGGGCGGGGGUCCCCACAAACCUCCCGCAGCGUGUCUGGGGGCGGCUCUUUGGAUCGGGGAUGCCGCAAACCCCCGAAGCGGGUACGAUGGGGGACACUCGGGGGGGUCUCCGCAAUCCCCCGUGCGUUGUCUGGGGGUCCCUCGGGGGUCCCCACCGGUCCCCGCGGGUCUCUGGGGGUCUCUGUGGGCACCCGUGGGGGGGAGGGGGGCAGCCGCCGCGUGCCAUGUGUCACGUGACACGGGCCACCAUGGCGGCGCCCAUAGAACCGGAAGCGGAAGUGGCACGGCAGAGGCGCCGCGGGGCAGCUGCGACGCCGGCGGGGACUGGGGGCCCUCCUGAGCCCCCUCCCCACCAUGUUCCUGCUUCCCUGCUGUGCCCUCGUCCUCCUCCUCCUCACCUGCCUGGCUCUGGAGCCGCCCCCGCGCCACCCCCCGCCCUCCAACCCCGCGUUCCGCGGCUUCCAGCGGCGGUUCCUACUGGGAUACCUGCCGGCUCUGGCCGCCGACUGGCUGCAGGGCCCGCUGCUCUUCCAGCUGCUCCACAGCCGGGGCUUCCUGCGCAGCCAGAUUGCCGCCCUCUACUCCUGCGGCUUCGCCUCCAACGUCGCCUUCGGCCUCGCCUCCGGGGUUUUUGUGGAUCGGCUGGGCCGGAAAAAGUCCUGCGUGCUGUCCUCGGGGCUGUGCUCCGUGUCCUGCCUGCUGCAGCUCUCCCACGAUUUCCUGGCCCUGGCAGCCGCCCGGGUCCUGGCGGGGCUUGGCACCUCUCUGCUCUUCUCCGCCUUCGAGUCCUGGUACCUCCACGAGCACCUGGAGCGCCACGACUUCCCUGCCGAGUGGAUUCCCGACACCUUCUCCCGCGUGGCGCUCUGGAACAGCGGCCUGGCCGUGGCAGCUGGCCUGCUGGCCUGGCUGCUGGCUGAGGGGUUACUGCUGGACCCCGUGGCCCCGUUCCUGGUGGCCGUGCCCUUCCUGGCUCUCUCGGGGAUCUUCACUGGGAAAAACUGGGAUGAGAACUACGGGAAGAGCCGGCCCUGCGGUAAGGCCUGUGGGGAAGGCGUUCGGGGCCUCGUGUCCGAGCCCCAGGCGCUGCUCCUGGGGCUGGUCCAGGCCCUGGUGGAGAGCAUCCUGCUCAUCUUUGCCUUCCUUUGGACUCCCGUCCUGGAGCCGCACGGGAUCCCGCUGGGAAUCGCCUUCUCGGCUUUCACGGCCGCCAGCGCCGCGGGCUCGGCGCUGUUCCGGCGCGGCGCCACCGGGAGGCUCCGGCUGCAGCCGCUGCGGCUCCUGCCCGGCUCCGUGCUGCUGCUGGCGCUGGCCCUCGUGCUCCUGGCCCUGCCGCUGGACCCCCCCGGUGACUUCCUCGCCGUGCUGCUGCUGCAGCUUUCCUGCGGGAUCUACUUCCCGGCCAUGGCGUUCCUGCGGCGCCGGCUGGAGCGCGGGGGGGACCCGGCGGGCGGAGCGCGGUGGCUGCGGCUGCCCCUGGGCCUGGGGGUGGCGCUGGUGCUGCCGGCCCUGCCCGGGGAUCCCGCGGGGACGCGCGGCGUGUUCGGGGCCGCGGCCCUGGCAGCGCUGGUGGCGCUGGGGGCAGCCGGGGGGGUCCUGGGCACCAGCCGUGGGGACGAGGGGCUGAGGAUAGGGGACGAGGGGCUGCUCGAGGGGGACGCUGGGGAGUGACAGGAGCACUGCUACAGGGACACUGGGACUGCUCAGCAGCGACACCUGGCUCUGAUGGGGACACGGGGACAGUUUGAGAGCGUCACCAAGGCGUGACAGGAACACUGGGCUGUGACAGGGACAGGGACACUGGGACAGCUCGAUGGGGACACUGGGGUGGGACAGGGGCACUGAGACAGCUUGACAGGGACAUAGGGAUGUAGUGGGGAUGCUGGGGUGUGACAGGGACAUCAGGACAGCUUGGUGGGGACACUGGGGUGUGACAGGGACGUCAGGACAGCUUGGUGGGGACACUGGGGUGUGACAGGGUCAUCAGGACCAUUCAGUGGGGAUACCACGGUGUGACAGGGAUACGGAGAUUUGGCAAGGACAGAGACACUGGGAUGUCACAGUGACAGGAGCACCAGGACAGCUCUAUGGGGACACCAGGGACACAGGGACAGCUCGAUAGAGCAAUGGGAUUUAACAGGGACAAGGACAGUAACACCUGUCUGGAACAGGAACAGUGGGACAGCUCAACAGGGACACCAGAAUGUGACAGGGUCAGGGACACAGGAUAAGCCCAUAGGGUCACUAGGCAGUGAUGGGGUCAGAGUGUGACCCUGUGCUGAGCUGUGAGUGACAGAAACAUUGAGACACCCCAUGGAGACACUGAGCAGUGAGGGGUCACAGUGCCACCCCACAACAGACUGCGGGUUACAACAACACUGGGACAAUGGGUCACAGUGCCACCCCAUGAUGGACUUUGGGUGACAAUGAUACUGGGACACUCCAAUCAUGACAAGGAACUGUGACAGGUCAUGGUGUCACCCCCAUGGCUGAGCUGUGGAUAACAGUGACACUGGGACACCCUGAUGGUGACACAGAGCUCUGCUGGUGACCCAUUACCAGUGCCACCCUCACAAUGAGCUCUGGGUGGCAACAUGGGGACAGCCCGAGGUGACACUGAGCUGGGACAGAUCACAGUGUCACCCCCAUAAUGGGGUGAUGGGACACACAUACACCCCCAGGUAACCCCCGGGCUGUGACGGUCACAGUGCCACCUCCCCCACAGCACAGCAGAGGGGACAUGGGGACACCAGGCCGGGUGUGGCCUGUGACUGAUGCCGUGUGUUGUCAUGGGGGUGGGGGUGUAUUAAUUUCUUAAUUAAUUUCUAAUAAACCCACCCAGUAGA